GAUGACCGUCAUCAGUCGCUGCGUCCCGGUACAGGAAACAAGAAACGACGUUACAUCGACUCCGACACCAAACUACUCUGCACCCGCUGCACAGAACACCCGCCGCCGAGCAAAACAUGGUUUCUAAGUUGAACGUGAUGAUGGUGACGAUCGCGGCGUUGUUGGCGGCCGGCGCGGCGUUGCCGUCGCACUACGCGGUGCCGGCGGAGGACGAGCACGCGGUCGCGUUCGGGCCGCCGGAACCGGAGCACCACGGCGAGCAGCCGUCGCGCAAGACGUAUCACUUCCAGUACGCGGUGCACGACCCGCUGACCGGCGACGAGAAGAGCCACAACGAGGUGAGCGACGGCCACGGCACCGUCACCGGCACGUACACCGUGGUCGAGCCGGACGGUUCCAAGCGGGUGGUCGAGUACACCGCGGACGACGAGCACGGGUUCCGCGCCCAGGUGAAGAAGAUCGAACAGCCCAAGCCGUCCGAGUACGACGCGCCCGUCCACGGGCACCAGUACAGCUACGUUCCCGAGUCGUACAUAUUCCACAAUCACUGACCGUCACGUUGCGUACCGCUGAGGCGCCGCGGCGGUAUUCAGUUUUCGGGGGCGUUUUUUAAUUUUGGUUUUUUUUCCCGAGACUUUCGCUUUCAUUUACUGUAUACGUUGUCGCGCAUUAUUUUUGUUUUUUCUUUCGUUCAAACAAGCCGUGUCAUCUUCGGCUAAUGUCUUUUAUUUAUUUUUAUUUUUUCAUUUUCCCGAGUCCAGUCCCUUAAAUCCCGUUCGAAACACUACGUCAUUUCACUCCGGACAAAUUUAUCGAAACGUAUUACAAUAUUAUCUACUCCGAAUUAUUUUUUAUUUAUUCAUUCGAAUAAAACAUUAUUUGGACAAAAUGUAAAAUGAUUAUUUUUUACAAGAUCUCUGUCAGUGAUAUAACAGUUUCACUUGCGUCGAAGAAAAUACUUGUGCGAUUCAGAUCACCCGAAUAACUCAUUCAUACAUCAAUUAAUUGAUGUUUGUGUACAUUUUUUUUUAUAUUUUUUUUUUUUUGUACUAAAAAUAUAUUAAUAGUUCAUAAACGAAAAUUAAAUAUUAAUUAGUCUUAUACUUGUAUUAGCUUUUCUCUUUUGUUAUUGAACAAUCUUUUGACUUGAUUUUUAUCAUUUUUAAAGAACCAUGUUUUAUAUAUAUAUAAAGAAAAGUAUGAAUUAAUACCACUUUUUUGUAUUCAGAACCAUUAUUUUCGCAUAUUUUAUUAUCAUAUUUAAUUUCAAUAGAACUCCUCCUGUAUUGUAACAACUUUUCGCAAUUUUCAGGUCUUACCAUUUUUUUUAUUAACGACAAAGUACAGUGCAUAUUUUAAAAUA